CGUCCGCUACGCACGCGCCCGUGUUCAGUGCUCAGUGUUAGUGACAUGGUUCUGUGUGUUGAUCGGAUUCCGUUACUGUGCCAUUGAAAUCGGCGUGUUGCAGGCAGUGCAAGUGCGGUGAUGCGCCGGGAGCGCCCGCGUUCGACACAUGCAUGCCGCCCGCGCACCCGGUGUGGUUGUGAUGUCAUGGUGGUGGGCGCUGGCGCUGCUUGCGCUGGGAGUCGCCCGCGCCGCGCCGCGUGCCGGCUCCGGUGAGCUAUUUUACAGUUAUCAAAUGUCGCGCAAGUCGUGCUCGGUGGGCGGUGCGAGGGGCGCAUGCAUGUGGGUGCAGGAGUGCAACCGAGUGGGCGGAAUUCACGCCGGGGUUUGCGUGGACGGCUUUAUGUUCGGCUCAUGCUGCCGACUGCCGGACCGGCCCGUUGUCGAAGAAACACCGGCUCCAGUAACGAUUACGGAGCGGCCCUAUACAGCUCCAACAAGUACCACCUCCAGCACAACACAAGCACCAGUCGAGCCUUCGACGACGACCGCCAGACCAACCAUCCAGACCGACGUGCGACCGUCGUUCAUGACCAAGCCCAUAGAUGGCGCUCCUACAUACAGCUAUCGCCCUCCAGAAAUAAACCUACCCUCAGCAGGCAGUUUCGAAACAAACAGCGGACAUAAUAGUGAUAAUAUAGUUAAUAAAAUAACAUAUAACAGUGUAAAUAAGUACCAAAAUGCACACAGGCCGAGCGGUGAUGUGGAAACUAGUCCCCACAACAAAAUUUCGUCUAGUCUUAGCAUAAUGCAGGGGGCGCGACCUAUGGCCGUGUCGGAGCAACACGCGGAGAACAGUAUUCCUUCAGCACACAUGAUGUCACGGCCGAGUAACAUGAACACAAUCCACUGGCAGGCAACGACCGAGCCCUCCUUUAUAACAAAACCGAGACCGAACUGGGAGAAACCGGCGGGGAAACCUAAACCGACUAAGAAAUUCACCACCACUACAAGCAAACCUCACAAAAACUACUUGAAGCCAAAGGAUCCAGCUAUGAAUAUGAUCAAUAAAACUGACGAUUCAACUUCUGCGCCUACACAAACGACGGCUGCGACGAAUAAUGUUGAAUGUGGUAUGACAGCAAUGUGGCCCCGACCCGAGACCCGUAUCAUGGGCGGAAAGGACUCCAGCUUCGGGCGAUGGCCGUGGCAAGUGUCUGUUCGCCGCAACUCUUUCUUCGGCUUCUCCUCAACGCACAGAUGUGGAGGCGCCAUCAUCAACGAGGGCUGGAUCGCCACUGCUGGGCAUUGCGUUGAUGAUCUCCUAACCUCACAAAUAAGGAUACGUGUGGGAGAGUACGACUUUUCUUCCGUAUCAGAACAAUAUCCCUACGUGGAACGAGGAGUGGCCAGGAAAGCUGUUCAUCCGAAGUAUAACUUCUACACGUAUGAAUACGAUCUGGCUUUGGUGAAACUGGAUUCGCCUAUGCAGUUUGCGCCUCAUAUAUCACCGAUAUGUUUGCCGGCGUCCGAUGAUUUACUGGUCGGUGAAAAUGCCACAGUGACGGGUUGGGGUAGACUGUCUGAAGGUGGAGUUCUACCGUCUGUUUUACAAGAGGUCCAAGUGCCAAUAGUGUCGAACGAGCGCUGUAAAUCGAUGUUCCUCCGAGCGGGCAGACACGAGUUCAUACCAGAAAUAUUCCUCUGUGCCGGUCACGAGAGGGGAGGACAUGAUUCUUGCCAGGGAGAUUCGGGAGGUCCAUUGACGGUCAAAGGGAAAGAUCAAAGAUAUUUCUUGGCAGGUAUAAUAAGUUGGGGAAUCGGAUGUGGCGAGGCGAACUUGCCCGGAGUUUGUACAAGAAUAUCCAAGUUUGUGCCUUGGAUAUUGCAAACUGUGAACUCUUAAAUCAACAAUUCCGUUAAUGUCUGUCAAUAUUGACCAAUGAACUUAUAAAGUGACAGUGAUGAAUACACACCAGACAUUUAUGUAGUGAAUAUAUGAUUUAGAAAGAGGAAAAAACCAGUAGCAGACAAAGUGAUUUAAAUCAUACAAUUGAUAUGAAGCAGGGAGAAUUAGCUUAGUUAACUCAGUUGAAUUGUAACUAUAUGAUUGGAAAUUUGACUCAAAACGUAUUUCAAUAUUCAAAAUAUUUUAAAAUUGGUGGCAAAACAAUUAGUUUGCUGCAAUUCUUUUUUUGAUGCCACAGCAGUUGGUACCUAUUUAUUUACUUCUGAUUUAGCAAUUUUUUUUAAAUUGUUGUAUGUAAAUAAUAAUGUAUUCGUAUACAAACAACAUCGAAUGUAACACCAAAAUAAAUCACGUUCGUCGAAUGUUUUCAAUUAGGUACUUCUAUUGUCAGUGACAUCAAGUGAAGUCAUGCCAUUUUGAGUAACAAAAAUGGAUCAAAAUAAUUCAAUAAUGUCAGAUACACCAUUGUUUGAAAAACUCACCAUAAUAUUGAUUGAACUAAAUAACGAUUUUACAACCGACCUUGUCGAUAACGACCUGAAGAUUUUAAAUACCUUCAAAAAUAUUGAUUAAAUUCAAUGUUUUCUGAGGCGUUUUAUUAAUGGAGCAGUCCACCUUAAGGCUGUACAGGACUAGUGUUAUGCUAAGUCCUGUGUCACGUUUAUGCAACGGUGAUGUAAAUAGUAACUAGGAUUAUUGCAGAUUAUUGUUAGCGAAAAUCGUGGAUGAAAAAAAUUAUCAAAAACUAUUGAACUUCACUCGUUCUUACUUAUUUACUCCAAAAACUGAAACGAUUCAAUUUCUAUCAGAAUAUGAUCCAGUGUGGUCAAAAAAUUGUUUUGAAUAUACUAUUGCCAUUCCUGCCACAGUCUGGUUAUCUCCUUUGAUAUAGUGGGAAUUGAUACUUGUUAGUUUUGCAUUCAAACAAUCUAAGCCCCGGCCUCUACAGCAUUGGAACAUGAGCACUUCGAGAUCCAAUGAAUAAGAACUGUAAGAUGGAUACAACUGGGAGCAUACCUUAGCAAUAGAAGUCAUUAUUUUGAGCUGAACAAUAUGUCAAAGAUUGUUAGACUUGUUAUACAGUCGCUUUGUAAUCGAAUGGAUCUGAACUAUGAGAUGUACAACUAAGGAUAUCCUUUAGAAAUAAUAGUAAUUAUGAUGAACUGAACAAUAUUUUUAGUACGUCAAGGACUAUUCAAUUUAUUUUUAAACCAAAUUAUUGUACUUUUGCUAAAACUUCAGCCACAAGUACAUAUUGUUACAAUUGAAUGGGAUAAGCCAAAUUUAUAACAACGUACUGAUUUUAUUAUUAAGUACCAUUGAAUUUAAUUCUACAGUGCAAAUAACAGAAAAAUAUGCAAUUAACGCAUUGAUGCCAUCAAAGUUUGGUAAAUCUGUUUCAGUUUCAUAAAGUAUUAUUAAUUCCAUUACAUAAUCCAGCUCUUUGAUAUUUGUAUCAAAAUUAACUUGAUGUACAAUUUUACUUUUAGUUCUUCCAAUGCUCGUUGUAUUAACAACACAAUAAAUUUCCAUUUUAUAUCGUGACAAUAUCGAAUAAUGACGAGCAGUAAUCUGCAAUAAUCGUUCAGGAUUGGACUUUAAUAAACGCCCUUACAUAAUGCAAUCACAGCUUGUUUUCGACACAGUUUUACUAUCUGACUCACGCAUCGCAGCAAUAUCAACGAGCUUAUUGUAAUUACAACUAUAUUUUGUAAAAUUUAUCCCGUUAUCAUCGGCAUUAUGGAUUGCUGUAAACCAGUGAGAUAUUAUUACUCAAGAGUCUGUAAAUUGUACGAACUCUAAUUUUCUAUUACAUUCAUCGUAUAGAAAUACCAUUUUUGUAUGAAAUUUUAAUGUUAUGAAACUUGUAUUCGGAGGUCUAAGAUGAGAAGGCAAAAUAUUAUCUAUUUAACACUAAAAUAGGCGUCCGUUCAAAGUGCAUUGCUGUAUAUUAGAAUCGGCAAAAAAUAAUCACUUCUUGAAACCCUUAAAAUAAAAACGUCCGCCAUUUAAAAAUAUGGAUUUACGGCAGGAAUACUAAUAUCUCUCUGAAUGUGCAUUUUUGCAGUAAUUAAGUAUAUAAUAAUAAAGCAUGAUGCUUAUGUGUAAAUUUGGUUUUCUAUUCUUAAUUAUUAUUUUACCUCUUAGAAUAUUCUACAUUUUUUUACUAAGUGUAAAUAAAUAGUCGUAGCUGUCUUGCCUUAGGUGCUUAAAGUAACUAUUUUGUAUACAGUAUUAAUUUAUUAUUAUCGUUUUUCUUCUUUCUCAGCACAAUUAAGGCUUUCUUUGUAAAUACCAUCGCGCUCAUUGUUAGCUUUAGCAAUUUUCUAUUAGUCUUAACUUAGCUUUAGAAUUUAAACAUAUAAGAUCAAAUUAUAUUUAGAUUAAGUUUAUUUUAGCAUUUCUGUAUAGAGAUAUAGCUAUUCGCUAUAUAAGAUGUAAAACAAAAAGAUGUGAAAUUUACCAAAUCACAAUUUGUUGUAAUAAACUCUAAUUAACAUAAGUAAAGUAAGUGCAUUUAGCAAGUAUAUGUACU